AUGACAUCGACCAGACCUCGCGUCUCAACUUCUUCGAAAACAGCUGUGGCCCACCCACCUCCACUGGCUCUCACUGCAAGUUCUGCUGAAGCACUCGCUCCA